AUGUUAAUUGUCUCCAGUGUAUUGAUAGUUCGAAUUUGGGUUAUUUAUGAUAGAAAGCUAUGGGUCCUCGUUGUGGUUUGCACAGGGUGUCUAGCUGUUAGUGUUCCUUCAUUAGUGUUCCUUCAGGUGCAGGCUCAGAGAAAAAACCUUGUUCCUAAUCCUGCACCUGACUUGAUUAGCGGGUGCAUAUUCAAAUCUAAUCCACUUUCAUUUUUACCUUACAUUGCACCGUUCUUAUACGAGACCAUGCUUUUCGGCAUGACGGUAUACAAGACUUGGAGGCUGAGCCAGGGCCAAAUGGCCACGCCAAUUGUCACUCGUCUAAUGCGAGACGGUUCAAACUAUUACUUUGUGAUUAUUGGAACGUUGAUAUUUGUUGGCUUGGGAUCCCUUUUUCCAAGUUUAAGCCCGGCGGUCAAUGGGUCGGGCUAUGCUUUCUAG